AACAUUUUCGGUUGACGACGACGACGACGACGAAAAAAAAAAACCGACUGAGAAGUGAGAACUUGGGUCUCCUUUGGCAUUCACAGAAUCCAUGUUGUCGUUGUCGUGUAUAACAUACGAGCCAUCUUGGUCUCCUUUGGCAUCACUGAAACGUGUGCGUUUUGGAGCCGAUUCAAGGGAGCCCAAAUCUGCGAACCGGAUGUUUAUUCUGGGCAUGGGUUUCGUCGGAAACUGCUUUGGUGAACAUCUCAAGACCCAAGGCUGGGAUGUCUCUGGGACUUGCACGAGCAUUGUGAAGAAGAAGAAACUUGAAGACAAGGGAUUUGAUGCUUACCAUUUUGAUGCAAACGAGCCUGAAUGGGGCAUUCUAGAUGUUCUGAAAUGUCAUACUCACCUACUUGUUUCUAUCCCUCCCUUUGUGGGAAUUGGUGACCCGAUGCUUCAACAUGAAGAACUUCUAAAGAAUGGGCUUAUGGAUGGAAAUCUUCAGUGGCUCUGUUAUUUGUCAUCAACUAGUGCGUAUGGAAAUUGUGGUGGUGAAUGGGUAGACGAGGACAGUUAUCCUGCUAGUCCUAUAAGUGAAUUGAGCAAACUGAGGUUAGCUGCUGAGGAGAGAUGGUUAAAUCUGGGUAGCAAUCUUGGGAUUGCGGCACACAUAUUUCGGCUUGGUGGGAUCUAUGGUCCUGGUAGAAGCGCUGUUGAUACAAUAAUAAAGCGAGAAGCCUUGUCAGAAGGUCAGAGAAGGAGAACAUUUAGGUUAUACACAUCAAGGAUUCAUGUUGAAGACCUUUGUCAAGCCCUCCAGGCCAGUUUUUGCACAUCUUCGCCCAGGAAAGUGUACAAUAUCGUUGAUGAUGAUCCGGCCCCCAGAGAAGAAGUCUUUGCAUAUGCACAGAACUUGAUUGAGAAGAAGUGGCCUGCCCAGAUCACAAGGAUUCCUGAGCAGGAAGAAUCUUUAGCCACUGUUAAAAAGAAAGGUUUUGCUGCUGAGAAGCGAGUUUCGAACGCUCGGAUGAAGAAGGAACUAGGAGUAAGGCUUCUCCACCCAAGUUACAGGACGGGAUUGAAGAGCGUUAUCGACCAAAUGCACAACCCUUUUCAUCAUAGUUUGUUGGAUUCACGAACAAAAAAACAAUAGCCAAAUAUACAUCUUUUGUAUGUAAAAUGUCAAGUUGUUGGGAAAUGGACGGUUUGUGUCUUCUUGCUAAUUCUUCUUCAUCGGAAUCAUGGGGUGGUGGGAAACUUCAAACGUAGGCCGUUGUUUAGCACGAGAGUUGGUCCGGGACAUAAUCUUUACCCUUAAAAGAUUCGAAUCUUUAAUGUUCUGGGAUAAUGAGUUGUCUGUCUUGUUGCUGAGUGGAACAUAAUCCUCGUUUUAUCUACUCAUAAAUGUUUCAAUUACUUGACUCUUAUCACAUAGUUGAGACUAGACGAGGGAUGGUGCAGACCAAUUACUCUUCACAGAAUUCCAACCGUGGAAAAAAAAGGAUAUUUAAGGUGAAAUUUGAAGAACAAAAAGAAAGGGCAAG